AUGGCUGCUAGGCCAGAGCUCACGAAACCUGGAGCAAAAGCUCAGCUCGCUGAGGCUGAGCUUCGAACACCAAGUUUUCUAUGUCAUUUAGAACAUACAUCUUCAACUCGAGAUUCAUACAACAAGCAGCUUUAUCAACAGAACCUUCGAUGUUCCGUGGCGAAAGAUGAGCAGCCAUCCGAGCAGCUAGGGAAUCAUUUUCGGACGCCGCGUCAAAGGAUGCGCUUUUCACCUUCCACAAGCUUGGAAUCGGAUGUAAGUUGCGGAAACUGUUGUCUAGGCGCACAAACCCACUGUUUGAAGAAUCACUGGAGUGCCUUAGGCAGCUGUACACCUGGCGCUAGGAACAAUUAUACGAGUGAAGGAGAAUUCCGACAAAGGAUUAAUGAAACAAUCGAUUAUUUCAAAGAAGAAUUAAAAUUUAGUAAUUAUUUCACUACCAGUGUGAAUGUCUGGCUAAAGCCGGACUUCAGACUUUCGGUGAUUUUAGCUUCGCUCUCCUUCACUGAUCAAUGA